AUGGAAGAAGAAGAUCAUGAGCAUGAGGCAAAUCCCAAUCCCACCCUCCUAAACCUCCCUCUAUUCUCCAUAAUGCCAUCACCAGAGCAUCCUUCAGGAAUGCUUACACCCCCACUCUACUCAUCAGCCUCUGUUCCUUUCAGGUGGGAAGAACAGCCUGGAAAGCCCAGGCCUUGCACAUCCCUCAUCCCUUUUCCUAGUGCCACCACCACUCAAGAGGAUUCCCCCAAUAAGCCCAAGGGCCUGGAGCUGCCUCCCUGCAGGCUAUUCUUGGAUCACCCCACCAAGACUCCAUCUCCCACCACUGUACUUGAAGGUCCUUAUGUGUUGGGCAGCAAGCCCAAGUUCACUUCAUUCAGGUUUUCCAAAGAAAGACAAAGACAGGCUUCUUUUGAUAGCAUUGAUGAUGAUAGUCAAAGGAGUACUAGCCCUGAUCUUGAGGCAGGGCACUUCAGUAAUAAAAGUAAGCUGCCACACAAGGGCAAAGGUGGAAUCUUUGGUUCUUGGAGGUAUAACCUCAGGACCCCUAAAGCCAGCAGCAGGCCUGGAAAGAUUGGGGAAAUUGGGGGAAGCAGUAGAAGCUUUAUCCAUCCAGAUUUUGAAAGUGAUGAGACUAACAUUUCCAAGAACAAGGUUUCAAGGAUGAGGAGAAAUGGAAGCUUUUCUUCAAGCCUUACCCAAGCCAGGUCUCACUUUUGGGCAGCCGUGUACGAGGGAAUCAAGCAAGUCAUGCCUUGGAAGAGCAGGAAAUCAAAGAAAGGACUUGUGUAG